CCGAGAGGGUGAGCAUACCCGUGGCCCUUGGUUGGUUUCUCCUUCGUCGGGAAGGAGCAGCAGCAAGGAGGUGCCGAAUCAAAUGGAGUUCUGCCUUGGGUACUUGUUCUACUCCCUCCUCUUCCUAGCCUCUGCUGCCUCCUCCAACACCAACAUCACGGACUACGAUGAGUACUGGGUGAAGAGGGAAGCCGAGGCACUCUCCAAUAUCAUGCAGGCCUACGUUUCCGAACCGGAAUCCGUCGUCAACCACUUCAACACCCCCGACAUCUUCCAGGUCUUCAACAGCACCAGGAGGAGCCUUCGCCAUGGAAAAGGAAAAGGCCGAAAAUGCGUUGCCACAAACCCGAUCGACCGGUGCUGGAGGUGCAGGAGCGAUUGGGCGAGCAACCGCAAGCUUCUGGCCAAGUGCGCCAAGGGCUUCGGCCGCCACGCCGAAGGCGGCUUGAGUGGUUCGAUUUAUGUGGUUACAAAUCCUUCGGACGACAACCUCCUGGACCCCCGGCCAGGCACCCUCCGCUACGGCGUGACCCGCGACAGGCCACUCUGGAUCAUCUUCGCCCGUGACAUGGUCAUCAAGCUCCAACAAGAGCUGAUGAUCAACAACUACAAGACCAUCGACGGUCGGGGUGCGAACGUUCACAUCGCCUACGGUGCCGGCCUCACCAUCCAGUUCGUGAAGCAUGUCAUCGUUCACAACCUCCACAUUCACGACAUCAAGCCCGGCGCCGGUGGCAACAUCAGGGACUCCGAGGGGCACUGGGGGAUAAGGACGCGAAGCGACGGCGACGGCGUCAGCAUCUUCGGCGCCUCCCACGUCUGGGUCGACCAUCUCUCCAUGUCAAACUGCGCCGACGGCCUCAUCGAUGCCGUCAAAGCGUCCACCGCCAUCACCAUUUCCAACUGCCACCUUACCCGCCAUAAUGACGUGAUCUUGUUGGGUGCCAGCGACAAGAGCCAGGAGGACGCUGUGAUGCAGGUCACUGUUGCCUACAACCACUUCGGGAAAGGCCUUGUGCAGAGGAUGCCCAGGUGCCGAUGGGGCUUCUUCCAUGUAGUGAACAACGACUACACCCACUGGAUGAUGUACGCCGUCGGCGGCAGCCAGCAUCCCACCAUCAUCAGCCAGGGCAACCGAUUCGUGGGUCCACCAAUCCAAUUCGCCAAGGAGGUGACCCACAGGGAGUACGCACCGGAAUCCGAAUGGAAGAACUGGAUCUGGACAUCCGAAGACGACGAGUUCAAGAGUGGGGCGUUCUUCAUUCAGUCAGGACAUAAGUACCAGGGAAAGCACUCCAGGUAUGAUGUGAUCAAGGCAAAGCCAGGGAGCAUCGCCGGACGGCUCACUCGUUUCUCGGGAGCUCUCCAGUGCAGUCCGAAUCGUCCAUGCUGAUGUUGCGAUCUACAUCAGUUGAACGUGCCGCUGCAGAAGGAUGAGAGAGUGCGUGAUUGAUCAAGGUCGAGACAGCGGAUGAUUUGUACGAUUGCAAGCGCAAUCCAAUUAUUCAUAUCGAUAUGCAUGUCUGUGUCGGCUUUGUUGGUUUUGAACUUUCAGCUAUUUUAUUUGAAAUAUUGAAAAUCCAAACUUGUUAAACAUCAAAUAUUGUGUGUU